AUGGGUCAAGAGGCUGAAACGAUGGACGUGCCACGUGGCAUCACGCGGCUAUUGGAUGAUGAAAUGCUCUCAGAGAUGGCAUGCCACGAUGCAGAGAUCGAGUCAUGGACCGUGGGUUGCCCUCCAUGCGGACCGCACCUCACUGGUUUGGACGGUCAGCCCGUCCACCUCGUUGUGCCGCUGGACGCCACCGGCCUCGACGUUCAGCGCGCGCUGCGGCGGACGCUGGGCGCGGCGAAGCCGCGCGGCGGCGAGCUGCGGAUUCUGCACGGGGACCGAGCGCUGGAGCCCCACGUGACGUUGCAGGAACAAGGAGUGGAAGCAUCUUCCAGCUUCAUCUACAUCUUCCUCCCCGGCGACGCCUUGAGCGCCUGGAAGACGCUGCGCGGCCCGCCACCGGACGAGGCGCCCAAGGACGAGAUUGAGCACAUGGAGGGCAUGACGUCGUUGCUCUUCGCCAGAAACACGGUUUCUUUGGUGGAUCUACUGUGGAUGGACGAAUUCCUGCACCAGUUGGUGACUAGUGGCAUUCGGUUGCCCAAAAGUCUGGAGACGAUGACCUUCGGGCCCAUCUUCCAUCAAAGUCUCAGAGGUUUCAAUUUUCCCAUGGGAUUGCAACACCUCACGUUGGGCCAUCGCUUCAACGAACCUUUGGAAGGUCUUCAGUUUCCCAGCACUUUGUUGACCUUGAACUUUGGAUCAAACUUCAACCAGAGCCUGGAAAACGUGACGUUCCCAGAGGGCUUAUUGAAGCUAAGCUUCGGAUACCACUUCGACCAUCAGCUGGUGAACUUGCCCAACCUGCAGAGUUUGGUCCUCGGCCAUUGCUUCAAUCAGACUUUGGAUGUAGACUGUCCGAAUCUGACCUCCUUGUCCUUUGGCUACGAAUUCAAUCAGCCCUUGGAUCUCAGCCACUUCCGGAGCUUGGAGGAUCUGUUGCUUGGGGAACGCUUCAAUCAGCCCUUGGAGCUGUUGCAUUUGCCUGGCAGUUUGAGAACUUUAUCCUUCGGAAGUUACUUUGACCAGCCCUUGCAGGAGGUGAACUUCCCUGGAGGCCUGGAGACUUUGAAGUUGGGAAGCAACUUCAACCAGAAGAUGGAUCAUGUGGUGCUGCCUCCGAAUCUUCAGACCUUGACUUUUGGCUACUGCUUUAAGCAGCGCCUGGAGAACGUGCAGCUGCCCCAACUGCAGCACUUGACCUUGGGCGAAAACUUCGCUGAGCUUCCGAAGACCUUGAGAAGCCUGACCACUGGCUACGAGUUCAACGAGAGCUUGGAUUUUAUCUCCCGCGGGCCGCUUGAUUUUCUGCAGGACCUGACUUUGGGCGCACGAUUCAACCAGCCCCUCGUGGAUGUACAACUUCCCAUGCAGUUGGAGAAUCUGACUUUCUCACGGUCUUUCAACCGAAGUUUGGACAAGGUGGUUUGGCCAAAUCUUCGAACUUUGACCUUUGGAGAUAACUUCAAUCAGAGCUUAGAGAGAGUGCAGCUGCCAGGUUGCCUUCAGUCCCUGACCUUUGGGGCAGCCUUCAAUCAGCCCUUAGACAAGGUGCAGUUGCCCGCAGCUUUGCAGUCGCUGCACUUGGGCGCCAAUUUCGAUCGCUGCAUGGAUCAGGUCGCAUUUCCAAGCGACUUGCAGAACCUGGUCCUUGGCAGCUGCUUCAACCGAGCACUCCACAUUGGCCGCGCCACAUCCCUCCGAAAUCUCACCUUCGGUUCUCGCUUUAACCGGAGCUUCCAGAAUUUGUCUUUACCUGACAACCUUGAAAGUUUGACCUUCGGAGAAGAAUUUCAACAGAGCUUGGAUCACGUGCAUUUUCCACCCAUGUUGCGCAAGUUGACCUUGGGUGCUAAAUUCCAGUGGAGCUUGAAGGGCGUACAGUUCCCUGACGCGUUGGAAGAAUUGGUCCUCGGCACUCACUUCAAUUCAAGCAUUGAGGGCGUUGUAUGGAACGGCCUUCAGUCGCUGACCUUUGGCCGUCACUUUAAUCAGAGUCUGCAGAAUGUGAACUUCCCUCCAAAUCUACGGUCCUUGACCUUCGGCAACAGCUUCAACCAGACAUUGGAAGGUGUUUCGCUGCCAGCAACGCUUGAACGUUUGAUCUUUGGAGACCAUUUCCGACAAAGCUUGCACAGCGUGACUCUUCCCAACCUUCGUCAUUUGCACUGUGAACUCAUCCAAGUCAGUUUCAUGCCGGAGGAACCAGAUGACCAGCUGAAGCUGCUGAGAAAAAACUUGGGGAUCAAGGUGAAGGGUAGCCCGAUCCCCUCCCCUGUCGAGCAGCUGGCAGAUUCCAGGCUGCCAGCGGAGUUCGGCCUCUUCUUCAAGGGACCAAGGGGUCGGAAACUCACAAAGCCUACACCCAUCCAGAUGCAGGUCUGGCCUGCGGCUCUUUGCGGCCUGGAUAUCAUGGGCAUUGCACCCACCGGCAGUGGCAAGACGCUCGCCUACCUCUUGCCUGCAGCGGUGCAUGUCGCAGGGCAAGAAUCCAAGAAGGAAAACCUAAGUCCUGGGGCCUUGGUCUUGCUACCCACGCGUGAGUUGGCCUCACAGGUCAGUGACCAGUUCAAUGGCAAAGGAGGUCUCAGGCAGGUUCUGAAGCUACGUUGCGCAGCGAUCUAUGGCGGUGUUGGCAAAGAGCUGCAGCUGGAUCAGCUCCUGACUUCGGGGUGUCCUGAGGUGUUGUCAGCGACUCCUGGGCGUUUGUUGGACUUGUUGGGCCUAGAUGCCUUGACCCUGGAUUCCGUGACCUUCUUGGUUUUGGAUGAGGCGGACAGGAUGUUACAGCUGGGUUUCGAAGAACAACUGGAUGCUGUGGCGAAGGCUGUGCGACGCGAUCGGCAGUGUUUGCUCUUCUCAGCCACCUUCCCGGAACGCCUUCGGCAGGCAGCGGACCGAUGGAUGACUUUUCCUGAGAAAACGGUGAUUCGCGUGGCCGCGGUGGAUGUGGGCAGCGUGCCGCAAGAUGACGUGGGCACCGGCACCUUAUCCAAGUCGCUUCCAGAGGCGUCCACGGGGUCCACGGGGUCCACGCUCACGGUCAGCAAGAACAUUACGCAGAUGGUGCAUGUCUGUGCGGAGCACAAGAAGUUUCGCAAGCUGGCGCGGUUUAUGGACAAGAUCCGGCAGAAGGAGAAGGAAGAAGGGGUGCCUCACUCAACAGCUGUGGGCGGGUUGCUCAAGGUAAGGCAGAGGGCCUUGGUCAUCAUUUUUUGCAACAAGAUCCAGACCCUGAAAUCGGUCAGCGGAUUUCUACGCAAACACAAGCACCACUGCGAGGCCCUACACUCCGGCAUCCCUCAGGCGAAGCGAGAGAAUGCCUUGAACAUGUUCAAGGCGGGACAGAUGCAAGUCCUUGUGGCCACAGAUGUGGCCGCGCGUGGUCUUCAUGUAAAGCAUUUGUCCCUUGAACGGCACCAAUGUUGGAGGAUCAUCCGGGGGAAGAUUCUUGAGGGAACGCGCAGGCGUUACGUGGUGAAUUACGACUUCCCAUCGAAUCUCGAGUGGCUUGGUGAGAGCUUCCGCAAUAUUGCCAUCGCAUUGGUCGAACCGGCCGCGACGGAGAGUGUGGGAACCCAGAAUUUGGCUCCUCUGAGUCGCGACUUGAUUCAGUUGCUGGAAAGGUUCACAGAUGGUAGUCGGAGAUUUGCUUUGCUUCGCUGCCAAAUUGACAAUAUCAAGGGGCCACUGAAGGUCGAUCCGAAUCUUCGAGCACUGGCUGAAGGCAAAGUCCAGCAGCCAGGCGAAAAAUCCAGCGCGGAAGAGGAGGCUUCGGAAGAAGUUGUGGACGAAGCGAGUGCCGAUGAGGCUCCACCACUGGUGGUGGGCCUCAGGGCGGGAAUCGCGGUGGGUCGCUGGGCCCCAGCGGCGGGGGACUACGCAUUACGCCGCGCAAACGGGGAGGUGUUGAGGACCGAGCAUCCCAGUGGCGCCCGUACCGACGCCGACAUCUUCGGGCCCAAAGAAGAAGAAGAAGGUGAAGCGCCGGCGAAAGGGUGGCGCCAAAAACAGAUGAGCCGCAAAAAGACUGAGUCCUCCCGGAGAGCCUGGUGGAAGUGGGUCGAAUUGGUGGAAGUUCCCAUCGAAAGCGAUUGGAUGAAAAUUCCGAACUUUUGCGGUGGCAUCAGCCAGGAGACAAAAAUCCGGGCCAUGCAUGGACGCCGUGGCAUGUUCACUGAGAGGACGCCCUUGACGGAUGAAGGGCCUGAAACUGAUGAGCUGUAUGGCAUCGAAGACACCGCCAUUCGUCACGGCUUCGUGCGGAAGGUCUUUAGCAUUCUCCUGGUGCAGUUGGUGACAACGGUGCUCGUUGGAGGUGUCGUUAUGAAGAUGGCCUUGCCGAUCUCAAAGGCCAACCCAGCUCUGACCAUGGCUUUGAUGAUGGGCUCUAUGGUGAUCGCCAUUGCCUGCAUGUGCAUCUUUGCUUGCUGUCCCCAUACUAUGCGAGAGAUGCCCACCAACUACAUCUUGCUUGGUGCCUUCACUUUGGCGGAAGCUGUGUUGGUCGGCUUCAUCAGUGCAUCAUACACCCAAGCGUCGGUUCUAAUUGUCUUGGCCACCACGUGCAUCGUGGUGAUGGGCUUGAUUUUGUUUGCCUGUCAGACCACCUACGACAUCACUGGUUUCCUGCCGUACGUUCUGGUUGCAUGCCUGGCGCUCUUUGGUUUCGGCAUGAUCCUGACGCUCUCGGUGUUCUUUGGCGCCCUAACCACCUCGUCGCCCGUCUUUCAAACGAUGCAUCUGGUCUACUCCAUCUGCGGCGUCUUAAUCUUUUCGUGCUUCAUCGUGCUGGACACACAGCUCAUUGUGGGCGGCAAACAUUCCAAGUACCGCUUCGGAGUGGACGACUACUGCAUGGCGGCCAUCAAUCUCUACAUGGACAUUGUACAGCUCUUCCUGUACCUCCUGCAGUUGCUCGGAGAACGUCGCUGA